AUGCCUGUAGAAGACCCCACUUCCGGGCGCUUAUUUGUAUGGCUCGUCUCUUCCUUCUUGUUUAUUACUUUAGCAGCUGGAGGCAGCUUGCUGCUUAUGUACGUUGUCCUCCCUGCAGACCCAUCUAGAGCUUGGCUUCCUGUUGCAGGUAUAGCCCUGGUUUGCCUGCCUUGGAUAUUCUGGGGACUCACAUGCUUCUAUCGGGUUAUUUCGCGAAUAUUUGGAUUUCGGGUUGCAGUUGGCUCUGGUAAUGCUGGUGGUGGUGGUGGAGGAGGUGGUCGCGAUCGUGCAAAUGCGUUUAAUACGACAGAAAAUGCAGCAACUAAUAACGAGUCCGUUAACAUCGAAACUCCAGGGGGAGAUGGAAGGCAGGAUGAGUUUGAAGGGCCAGUGGUGAUGGUAGAGCAAAAUGAUAGCGGUGGCAAUGGAAAAACUGCAAUUAAGAGGAAUUUAUCAGCAAGCAAUUCAAUCAACAACAUGUCUUUUAGGUCGCACGAGAGUGAAUUGCCAUUGACCUCAUCCAUGGCAUCUUGA